AUGAACCAAUCUGUAGCCAACCGCCAGUACGACUCCACGAAUUCAGGCAAUCCGCCGAAAAACUAUCCUCAAGAGGCCAUGGUAGCAGUACAUGUAGAAGAAGUCUACUACGAAGUACUCAAAGAUCCCGAUGAAGGCUACUUGCACCUCCAAUACAUUGACCUCAUCCAACACCUCAUCAAAGAAGCUUACAAAACCGUCAACAAUGAGGACCUCAACAAAAACGUCGAACGCAUGAACCCACCAUGGACACCAACCAACCAAUUGAACUAG